AUGUCGUCCAAAAGAAUCCCAUGCGACCAAUGUCGCGCGCGUCGAGUGCGCUGUGACGGGCUUCUUCCCUGCAGCCCCUGCCAGCACACACGCCUUGCCUGCAAACGCGAAUACGUGCGGAAACAACGCGGCCCCAAAGGCGGCAGCGGGAAGAAGAUCGAAGAGCUGAGGGUGGCUCAGAAUGAGGAACUAAAAGAUCACCUAUGUCCAGAAAACGUCCCACGGCUGAUGAAACGCUGUGUCGACGUAUAUCUCCGCCAAAUGUACCCCGUCAUGCCCCUUUGCAGACCAUCGACGCUGGUCCAAUGGGCUGGUCGACCGCUGGAACUGGAACCCAACGAGGAAAGCAUGUUGUUCGCUCUAUGCGCCCUGGUCACCGCGUUUCUGUGCGGGCGUAGCGAAUCCAUCAUCGGCUGCGGAGAAUGGGCAUCAGCGUCGCAGCGACUACUCGAGAAAAGUCUCUCCAUGCGGUCCGCGUACAAUUUCAUCGAGGACGGCACUGUGCUGACGCUUCUCGCGUCGUUCUUCGUUGCAGUGACGCAUUUUGAACUGCAUAAUGCUCGCCAGAGCUGGUUUUAUCUCCGCGAAGCUAUCACCCUGGCGCAGGCCCUUGGGCUGCAUACGGACGAGUUCUACUGUGGACUGGAUUACGUGGACGCAUUUUAUUGUCGCCGCAUCUACAACAUCCUCUUCGUCACCGAGAGAUCCUUCGCGAUAGCAAGACAGAAACCAGUCUUUUUGCAGGGCCCGUUGGAGCUCCUUCCUGUUCCCGAGUCUGAUGCUGGACUUGAAGAACAGCCGGAAAUUGACCUGGAAUUCCGCCAACUUGUGCGCGUUUACUCGGAGAUUGGUAUUGAUUUCUUCCACUUCUGGAGUCGCACGGGAUCAAACAGCAGCAAGUCAUGGAAAUUGCGUGGUUCGGACUUGCGUCUUAACAGUGACUACUGCGUGGCCAUGUCCGAGACCCAGAAGGCCGAUAUCCUUGUUACACAGCACUGGCUAGAUCUUAUUCUAUGGCGAGCAGCCCUAGAGCAGGGCUUGCUUUCUACCGGGGCCGAGUCCCGGUCUAGGACAUUUUCCUACCCGGAGGACAUUGCCUUAUCCUUACUGAAGACAUUAACAGCGCUCCCGCAGGAGUCGGUGGAAGUGCACGGACUAGGAAUUUUUGAAAAAAUAAACGAUGUAGGAAAUACCCUGGCCGACUUCAUCCAGUGCUCGACAAACUUGACGGGCUGGACAGCGACAACGGCACAGAACUUGGAUCGGCUUGGGUCGAUCCAGAAACAUCUGUCCCUGAGUCCAAACUCACACACGCUGUUUGCUGGGUCUCUGGGGAGGCGAUUAGCUGAGUGUUACCACAACAAGGCCUCCAUGCUUGAUAUGUUACUCAUUGCAGACGAGGAUGCCGAAACAGACGAACAGGAGACGAACGAUUUCCAUGUGUGA